CCGGCUGGCGGCCAAGGCUCCAGUUUGAGACAAGGAGUGACGGUAUUAGGAGAGUGGCCGUGUGCUGCUGGUGCCUUAUUUAACAUGGAUUUACGCUGGUCAGGACGGUGACACGGGCCGCGGCUGCCUCUACGCCUGGCCGCCCUCAACCAGCCGUACACCGGAGACAUGAGGGGCGUGACGGGCGUGGACUACACCUGCUAUCGUGAGGCGCGGCGGGCGGGGCUGAGCGGAACCUUUAGGGCUUUCCUCACCUCCAGGAUCCAGAACCUUGACUCUAUUGUUAGGAGAGACGACGCUAACUUACCUGUCGUCAAUAUUAAGGGGGAGGUUCUCUUCAACACCUGGCGCGGGAUAUUCUCAGGUGAUGGCGGUCGCUUCAUGCAGAAACCGAGAAUAUUCAGCUUCGAUGGCAAGGAAGUACUGACGAGCCCUGAGUGGUGAGUGCCUUCCUUCACCGCCCUGGCUUGAGUUGACUAGAGGUGUAGAAAUGAGGAGGUUGGGAAGGAGAGGAAGGUGCGAGAGGGUGAAUGUAGUUGUAGUAGGCAGGCGUUGUAGACAGUUUGACGUGUUUUGUG